AUGUACACGGUCAUAGUCCGAUUGUAUGUUGUAGAUGUCAGCACGACAAAUACGUUGUCCAAGCGGGUACGCACAUCCUACAUAGCUGCCACUGCCUCUUGCAUCCGAACUGGAGUCGGAAUGGAGAUCGUUCGCGUUCUGAACCUUCGAGGCUAUUUCCCAGCUAUUGUUGUUGCUGCUGCUGCUGCUGUCUCAGCUUUGUUCGAGCAAUGA